AUGGGUGUCUACGCGAGGCCAACUGCGUCCGGCGCCACGCUCUACUGCUACUUUUGCCGUAACUGCGGAACCAGACUAAUCCACGCAACACCGGAUAAGAACGUCGUCUCCGUAAAGGGCGGCUGCAUCGACGGCUUGGACUGGAAGACGGCCGUCCACAUCUGGACCAAGAACGCCAUGGUGCCGAUCCCCGAAGGCGCGGAGAACCACAGCGAGGAAGCAGAGUAUACCGACUACGGCGACCAGCAAGAGGCACUGGAUCAGCCGACGGACCUGCGCGGGAGCGGAGGCACGCUGGCAGAUGCGGUAUCGGUUGACGGGCGGUGUGAGCUGAGCGGGACGACGCUGAAGGCCAUUGUUCACUGA